ACGUUAGCAAGAAGAACGUUGAACUCCGAGUUAGCGCUUUUUUGGAACAGAAGAUGAGUGGGGCCAAGAAAAAAUGCAGACAAGAAGCCCAGACACCAAGUUCCUCUUUCAGCGGACCGCCUGUGGAAAUACAGGACAUGGAUCCAGAGCAAUUGAAGACAGAGGAACUGUAUGACCAACUUAAUAACAUCUUAGACAGGCUGACUCAAAACAACUUCCGACAGUUGAUGAAGGAUGUGACUGACCUCAGUAUUGACACAGAGGCCAGACUAAAGGGCACUGUUCAUGUUAUAUAUGAGAAGGCAAUAGGACACCCUUCCAACAUGGUUGUUUAUGCCAAUAUGUGCCACUGCCUUAUGGGGCUCAAGGUACCCAGAACUGACAAACAAGGAGUGACAGUGAAUUUCCGCAAGCUGCUUUUGAAUCGGGUACAGACAGGCUUUGAAAACACAGGGAAACGUCAUGUGAUCUUGAGGCAAAAGGAGAAGGAGAUAAACGCCAUCACCAAGAAGGAAGACUGCCAGAAACUGAGGGAGGAGCUGGAGGAGGCUAAGAUAGAGGGGCGUAGGCAAUCUCUGGGCAACAUUAAGCUAAUGUGUGAAUUGUUCAAGUUGAAGAUUCUUUCACCGCCCAUUAUGCAUGACAGCAUCGUAACGCUGUUAAUAAAGAAUAAAGAUGAGGAUUCGCUGGAGUGUCUGUGCACCUUACUUUACUGCACGGGCAAGGACUUGGAUUUCGAGAAGGCCAAGCCCAGAAUGGAUCAGUACUACAAUAAGAUUACGAAGAUUGUUAAAGAUGGGACAACCUCCCCUAGAAUCAUAGGAAUGCUACAGGAUUUGCUGGACCAUCGAAGGUUUUUAGACAAGAAGAAACCAGAGCUGAAAAGCACAACACUACAGGAGUACACAUUUCCUCACCACAAUGAUAAGUUGACAGCUGAUGCCCAUGACAUGAACUCUGGUUACCAUCCCUGCCGUAGCAGAAAGAAAAAGGUGCCUGUGCCCUUUAAGACUUGCCAGCAGAGAAUCCAGGAGAAAGAUGAGGAGCUACAGAAGCAGAGACAAGAAGUUGAAUCUCUAAAGAGCUUAUCUCAGGCUAUAGUGGAGGACAGUGAGAGGUUCUUCACCAAGCUGAUUGAGACCAGGUGCUCAGAGGUGAGAGAGCUGAUCCAAGCUAAAGAGCAGGAGAUGGUGAGUGAAGGUGAGGGAUUAAUAAAAACCCUGGAGCAGGAGCUUGAUGAGCUGAAGAGGACUGAAACGGAGGGUAGGCAGCUUCUGCAUAUAGAUGACGAACCCCAUUUCCUUCAGAUAUUGCCCAGCAUCACUGAGGCUUUUGAAGAAGUAAGGACAUAUGCCUCUGAAAUGCAACAACAAUUUGUGGAUUCCUCCAAGAUGCAAUUUAUGGAGUUUUCUAAAGCAGUUGAAGAAAGUCUGGAACCAUACACUAUCAGUAGUCUUAUCACUAGCAGACAGGCAGUGGAAGAAAAUGACUUGGAGGACUUUGUGGACCUAGAGACCGUGAAGACAGAGGAAAUGUUUGAACAAAUGGAUGACAUCCUCUACAGGCUGACUCCCAAGAACUUUCAUCAGUUGAUGAAGGUAGUGAGUGCAUUCCAUAUUGACACAGAGGAUAAAGUGAAGGGCAUCAUUGAUCUCAUAUACCAGAGGGCCAUUCUACAUCCUACAUUUGCUGAGGUUUAUGCCUCGGUUUGCCACCACCAACAACUAAUGGGACUCAAAGUACCGGGAAUGACGGUAAACUUCCGCAAGCUGUUACUGAAUCGAUGUCAGAAAGGUUUUGAGAAAGAUAAUAGCAAAAUCUUAAGGGAAAAGCAGAAGAAAAUGGAAGCUAGCAUUGAGGAAGAAGAGCGUAAACUAUUAAGGGAGGAGCUUGAUGAGGCCAAAGCAAAAGCCCAGCGGGAGCUGAUGGGCAACAUCAUUUUCAUUUGUGAAUUGUUUAAGUUGAAGAUGAUCCCAGAGAGUGUCAUACACAGCUGCAUUGUAAAGCUACUGAAGGAUGCAGAUGAUGACUCGCUAGAGGCUCUGUGCACAAUAUUCUUCACCAUUGGCAAGGACUUGGAUUAUGACAACAACCAGGACAGAAUGGAGGAACACUACAAACAGAUUGAGCUGAUUUGUGACAGUGGGAGGACCUCCCCCAGAAUUGGUUACAUGCUGAAAGAUGUGCUUGACAGUAGAGGGCUAUACUAAAAAAGGAGGAAAUAAAAGGAAGACCAUUGAAGACUGAUAUAUGUUUUACUUAUGGUUUUUCAAACAACAAGCAAAUAUCCUCAUAUCAUUGUCAAUCAUAAAGUGCAUGUCAUACAAUAAAUUACUCCCUUUUAAAUGAUACGUAUAGUCCUAUCAUAAAUGUUUAUAUGGCCUGUGUCAUACUGGUAUCUUUUUGUAUGCACAUUUCUAGUGUGUUGUAUUAGGACAUUCAUUUGUAGUUCAAUUAAACAAUAAUCCACUUUAAUGGUUGCUGUAACUAGUUACAUGGAUGAUAUGAAAAUAUGUUAAAAAGUCUCAAGUAACAACAUACUUAUACUGUUUUUUUAUACAGUUUUAACUGUUUUCACAAUCCUAAGGUCAUUUAGCUUUUUGAAUGUCCCUGAGUGGCCAAGCCAGAGCCCAGACUGGAGUCUGAUCGAACAUAUUUGGAGGAACAUGUAAAUGGCUGUGUGGCCAUAAAAUACCCAAAAUAAAGAUCUGCCCAACUUGUAGCACCAUACAGGCUGUAAUCGCUGCCAAAGAUGCUUGAAUAUGUGGAAUAUGUAAAUAAUGAUAUUUCUGGUGUUUUAUACAUUUACACACAUGCAACAUUUCUAAAAACUUGUUUAUGCUUGGUCAUUAUAGGGUAUUGUGUGUAGACUAACAAGAACGUUUUACGAUAAAACUGUAACGUAAGUGCUGGGGACUGAAUUCCUUCUGAAUGCACUGUAGAUAACAUCGUUCCUGCUUGGGAGUCUACAAAAUCUGAAUGACCGGAUGUGUGAACUUGCUUUACUUGCAAGCUGUCAUUGACUAUUGCUGAGAGAAGAAUGGAGUAUAUACCUUAUUACACUUUUACAUAAACAUUGUCGGAUUUAUUGCUUUUUCCUUUGACCUUAGAGCCCUAGAGCAUGGUUAAAUAUAGAUAUAGAUUUUUACGACCGUUCAGGUCAUUUCCGGACAAGUUAUAUUUAGAACAGGUCAUUCAGGGUUUUAAGACCUCACAGAUGCCUAAGGGGAAUUGUGUAUUAAAAUUGUCUUACUGUACAUAUGUUUAGAAAGGUUUACAUUGACUAAGGGAUCAUUAGUUGCCAUAUGAAAGGGGGGUUGAUCAUGGGUGUAUUCAUAAGGUCAAGCUUCCUCUCUCACAUUAGGAAGAGACACACCAGCUGAUUUUAGGUUUUAUGUCUUUAUGACCUCAGGGUAACUAAGGGAAUUAUGUAUUAAAAAGGGCUUAUUGUGCAUAUUUUUAACCCUCAUCCUACCGACUGGGGUACCCGCUGACCCCAGAGGGUGUACUUCUUUCAUCUCAUACGUGCUUUAUUCUAUCAUUCCAAUUUAUCUUGAUUUUGUCAAUCAAUUUGUUUCUAAAUAAUUCCUAAAUAAUUUUCAGUUUCAAGUGCUUUUAAAAAUAGAAAUACAAAAGCACCCAAUUCCGCCUAUGCAGUUUUAAUAAAUGGAACUAUUUAUUG